GGAAGAAGGAAGGGGGGGUGGUGUUUCCCAGUAUGAGAGCUGCGGCCCGGUGAAGCGGGGCCUGGGAGAGAGGGGAAGCGGGGCUUAAACUGAGGGGCGGAGAAGCCUCCUUGGAGCAGCCCUUGGGACAGGCUCCCGCUGCCUCUCUGCAGGCGGCGAGAGGGAGGGCGUGAGGGGGGCAGCCCUCCCCCCUCAGUUCUCCAUAUAGCCUCCUAGUUGCCCUUGCUGCGGCGCCCUGCACCCGCCUCCUCCUCGCCCGCAGCCCCGUCUUGCAAGCCGCUGGGCUAGUCGAGUCUCAUCCCCCCCUCCUUUCCUCUCAUCCCAGCUCCCCUUUUUCUCAGCAUUCCCCCCCUCCCCUCUCCCCCUUUUGGCACUUCCGCGAGAAAUCCCCUUUCUCUUUAAUCCCUCCGCCACACCACCUUCUGAGGCUCUUAAUCUCGUCUGUAGGAUGAUCCCUGAAGAUUCCCGGGGGGACACAGUGCCCCGUGGCCAGACUGGAAUGUAGAUGAGAGAGUAGUGCUGGAGGAGGAAAUCACCCAAAUUUCCUUCCCCUCACACUCCAUGGUUUCUUGAUGGUGGCCCUUUGUAACCACUAUCAUGCAGUAGGAUUACCAAUUUUUUGUAAAUAUAUAUAGUUUUUUGGGGGGAGGGAUAGGAAGGGUGUUUAGGAUUUUUUUUAAAAAAAACAAACCUAUAGCUGGGUUUUUGCCAUCACGAAACGGUGCUUCAGCACAAGUGAAUGAAAAUGUCCACUAGAACUCCGUUGCCCACGGUGAACGAACGUGACACUGAAAAUGAUGCUGGAACAUCGGUAGGGGAAAGCCUUUGUGAAAAGCACACCUCUCAUGGUGAAGGACGGCAGGAUGUUUCAUCUCGGACUAGUCGCUCUGGGGCCCGCUGUAGGAAUUCUAUAGCUUCCUGUGCAGAUGAGCAGCCCCAUAUUGGGAAUUACUGACUUCUUAAAACAAUUGGAAAGGGGAAUUUUGCAAAAGUGAAACUGGCCAGGCACAUCCUCACCGGCAGAGAGGUUGCAAUAAAGAUAAUUGACAAAACUCAGUUGAAUCCGACUAGUCUACAGAAGCUGUUCAGGGAAGUAAGGAUAAUGAAGAUUUUAAAUCAUCCAAAUAUAGUUAAAUUAUUUGAAGUAAUUGAAACAGAAAAAACGCUCUACUUAAUCAUGGAGUAUGCAAGUGGGGGGGAGGUAUUUGACUAUCUAGUUGCACAUGGAAGAAUGAAGGAAAAGGAGGCAAGAGCUAAAUUUAGACAGAUAGUGUCUGCCGUGCAGUAUUGCCACCAAAAGCAUAUUGUUCAUAGAGAUCUAAAGGCUGAAAAUCUAUUGUUAGAUGCCGACAUGAACAUUAAAAUAGCUGAUUUCGGUUUUAGCAACGAGUUCACAGUGGGAAAUAAACUGGACACGUUUUGUGGCAGUCCUCCAUAUGCUGCUCCUGAACUCUUCCAAGGCAAAAAGUACGACGGGCCCGAAGUUGACGUUUGGAGCUUAGGCGUCAUUCUUUACACUCUCGUUAGUGGGUCUCUGCCUUUCGAUGGCCAGAAUCUAAAGGAAUUGAGAGAGAGAGUACUAAGAGGGAAAUACAGGAUUCCUUUCUACAUGUCCACAGACUGUGAAAACCUGCUAAAACGUUUCCUGGUGCUAAACCCAACUAAAAGAGGCACUCUUGAGCAAAUUAUGAAGGACAGGUGGAUCAAUGCAGGGCAUGAGGAUGAUGAGCUUAAACCUUUUGUUGAACCAGAGCUAGACAUCUCGGACCAGAAGAGAAUAGACAUCAUGGUUGGAAUGGGAUAUUCCCAAGAAGAGAUACAGGAAUCCCUUAGUAAAAUGAAAUACGAUGAAAUCACUGCUACAUAUUUGCUACUGGGAAGGAAAUCAUCAGAGUUGGAUGCCAGCGAUUCGAGCUCCAGCAGCAACCUUUCACUUGCUAAAGUCAGGCCAAGUAGUGAUCUCAAUAACAGCACUGGACAAUCCCCACAUCACAAGGUGCAGAGAAGUAUAUCUUCCAGCCAGAAGCAGCGACGGUACAGUGAUCACGCCGGUCCAUCUAUUCCUCCAGUAGUGGCGUAUCCCAAAAGAAGUCAGACCAGCACUGCAGACGGCGACCUCAAGGAAGAAAGGAAGUCCUCCAGCAGUGCUGCUGGAGGAAGAGGAAUUGCACCCGCCAGCCCCAUGCUCGGGAACGCCAGCAAUCCCAAUAAGGCUGACAUUCCUGAGCGGAAGAAGAGCUCUGUUGCCCCUAAUAAUAACACUGCACCUGGAGCCAUGACCCGGCGAAAUACGUAUGUUUGUAGUGAACGAACCACUGCAGACAGGCAUUCGGUCAUUCAAAACGGGAAGGAGAGCAGCGCUGUUCCUGAUCAAAGAACCCCAGUCGCUUCGACUCACAGCAUUAGCAGUGCAACGACGCCAGAUCGGAUCCGUUUCCCAAGGGGAACCGCGAGUCGUAGCACUUUCCACGGUCAGCUCAGAGAACGGCGUACUGCCACCUACAACGGGCCGCCUGCAUCUCCCAGCCUGUCCCACGAAGCCACGCCACUUUCACAGACACGAAGUAGGGGCUCCAGUAACCUAUUCAGUAAAUUAACUUCCAAGCUGACGAGAAGAAACAUGUCAUUCAGGUUUAUCAAAAGGCUCCCGACUGAAUAUGAGAGGAACGGGAGAUAUGAGGGCUCAAGUCGCAACGUGGCUGGCGACCAGAAGGACGACAACAAGGAGGCGAAGCCUCGCUCCCUGCGCUUCACCUGGAGUAUGAAAACCACCAGCUCCAUGGACCCCAACGACAUGAUGAGAGAAAUCCGCAAAGUCCUGGACGCCAAUAACUGUGACUAUGAACAGAGGGAGCGCUUCUUGCUCUUCUGCGUCCACGGAGACGGCCACGCAGAGAACCUCGUGCAGUGGGAGAUGGAGGUGUGUAAGCUGCCAAGACUGUCCCUGAACGGAGUUCGAUUUAAACGGAUAUCGGGAACAUCCAUAGCUUUUAAAAACAUUGCUUCCAAAAUUGCCAAUGAGUUAAAGCUGUAAUGAGAGAAGAGCAAAAUCAAAGUUUGUAAAUUUCGAAAGAAAGGGGAAAAAAAGUAGCAAUUUCAAGUGGUUUUUUUUUUUUUUUUUUUU